AUGAACCCUCUUCAUUCGUCCACGUUGCAAACGAAGACCGGAACCCCAACAUUUCCCGACGAAUCGGUUUCUCCAACACUUGGUGCAGCCUUGCCUUACGAGCCCCUAGCGGAAGGCCAAAUACGGCUGCUCAGAUUCUCGGACGACAAAGGUUUUGACAGCGAGACCCUUCGAUUUGAUCUUUUCCACGUGAAACUGAGCCAGAGACCGAACUAUGUUGCUUUGUCGUACUCUUGGGGACAGGAUGCCGCUCAUGAAAGAGUCAGCAUCGUGGUCAACGAUCAAAGGUAUGGAGUUUCCCCAAACCUUGCAGAUGCGCUUCGCAAACUGAAGCAAAACGAAAUCUCCACCGUCUGGGUUGAUGCCAUCUGUAUCAACCAACGGGACACCAUUGAGAAAAGUCGAGAGAUAGUCAGGAUGUUCGCCAUCUACAGAAUGGCAAGAUUGGUCGUCAUCUGGCUUGGUGCUGAUACCGGACCGGAGGAAGAAAUGCGAGAACUUCUCAGAGCGACAGCCGAUGUGGAGAAACCAGUCAAUAAACAACAUCAUAAUGGCAACCCCGCUUCCAACUUGGAAGCCCUUGAACGACUGUUGUUGCAGCGAUAUUGGCAUCGAGUAUGGAUUAUCCAAGAGGUGGCCGCAGCAAAAAGAGCAAAGAUAUUCUGGGGGUCCUACAUUUUUGACCUACGAUCAAUGGAAAUACUAAUACGGGAGAGAAGUCGGUUUUCGAGGGAAGACGAGGAAUCUUCUGGCCUUGCUCAGGAAGUGUUAUCCGUUCGGAAUGCCUGUCGAGCUCAGCAAAAGCCACGAUUGAUGGACAUUUUGGCAAUGACGAGUAUGUCCGAGACGAGCGUCUUGAGAGACAAGGUCUAUGGACUCCUGGGUCUUGCGUCAGACUGGGCGGAUUUCGUCCAAGAGCCCAAUUACUCUCAAGCGGUCUCAGAGAACGAGCUGUGCUUGGAGAUGACUUCCAAUCAUAUCAAUUGGUAUAGUUCUGCAGACAUCAUAUUUCUCCGGAGCGUGGAUUCUCGACAGGGAGAACUACCUUCAUGGUGUCCCGAUUAUUUCCAUUUUCGACCGCAUCAGUCAGAUAUGAAUCUCAUUCCGUACAUAUGCGGCAGGGACGUCAAUCUCGGGUGGGAGAGACGGAGGGCUUUUGGCCAAGAAUCGCCCAACAUGAACGAAGUCAUACCAGAUCUCUUUCACGUCAGCGGUGACACACUCACGUUGAAAGGGACGUGCAUUGGCCGAAUCUCAGCUCUGGGCACUUUGGUGGACGAAGCUGUUUUUUCUUCCAGGUUCAGCGACCGCUUUUCGACGUCAGAUAUCACCGACCCUGACAUUGGGAAAGCAUUCCGUCGACUGCUGCUGAUCUGCCACAACCAGACCUUUGGUCUGCAACCAUCCUCAGCCUUCUUCUCGCUGCUCUUCUCACUGCCUGACCACGUCUUCCAGGACAAGGGCUACCUCCAAGUCAAACAAUGGCUGGAACGUCACAGGGAUCUCCUGUGCAGAUUUGAGGUUACUUUGGCGCCGAGCUCCGACGAAUACGCCUUCAUAUCCCGUCGCGGCGGGAGCCUGAGUCCAGCAUCCAAGGUCUUGCCGGAGUGGAGGGAGUUCUUCAGCUUGAGCGAGGACAACACGAUCAGCCGCAGGGGGGAGCACCCGCUCUACUCCAUGCUGCGGUCGAUGUCGUCGAUUCUCGACGAACACGUGCGCCUCAUGUUCAUCCAAGACCAAGCGCUUCUGGGCUGGGCGCACCGCGACGCGGAACCCGACGACACGGUCUGGCAUCUGGAAGGGUGCACGCUCCAGGCGGUACUGCGCAAAUCUCCCGAGCUGUCCGCCGCGCGUGGUCAAGACCUGUACAAGCUCGUGGGACACGCCUAUGUCGAUCCCGUGCUGGCCAGUGGGCGGUGGAUGGCGAGGGAGAGCCGGAGCAGAUCAGUGAAUCUAUGCUGA